AUGCCCGAACAGAAAGAGGAAUCGACUGCCGGAGAACAAGAUGAUGUAUCAUUCCUCAGAACGGGUGAUAUCGUGGCUCUCUCUUGUCUCACUUCUCACAACAGAGAUGGCGUUUUGGGCAGUGAGAGAGUCUGUUUAUGCACAGAGGGUUUCGGGAAUCGAAUGUGCACUCUGGAGAAUGUUUCCGAUAAAGAUAUUCCACCGGAUAUCGCAAUGUGCAUGUUGUACAUCGACAACGCCCUAUCAAUGAGAGCACUUCAAGAGAUGAUGAGUGCCGAUUCGGAUCAUAAAGCGACCGCCGGUAGUGCGGGCGGCCACAAAACGCUUCUCUAUGGACACGCUGUGCAGCUGAAGCAUGUUCAAUCGGAAAUGUACUUGGCUUGCUUGAAAUCGUGUACUUCGAAUGAUAAACUCGCUUUUGAUGUCGGUGUACAAGAGAAGAAUGAUGAAGAAACAACUUGGUGGACAAUUCAUCCAGCCUCAAAACAGAGAAGUGAAGGAGAAAAGGUUCGCGUGGGCGAUGACGUGAUUCUUGUAUCAGUGGCUACAGAACGAUAUUUGCAUAUGGCUUACAACAAAGGUUACAUGGUGAUCGCUUCUUUUCACCAAACACUUUGGAAUAUUUGUCCCGUGUCAGCUGGAAGCAUUAGAACGAGAAAUAUGGGUUUCGUUUUUGGCAACGAUGUGGUGAGAUUUUUUCACGGAAAUGAUGAAUGUUUGACAAUUCCCGAGAACUGGAGUGAGCAUCCACAGCACAACAUGGUGAUUUACGAGGGUGGAAACUCAGUGACACAGGCUCGAUCGUUGUGGCGACUUGAACUUUGUCGCAUGAAAUGGCAUGGAGCUCUCGUUGGAUGGGAAAUGAACUUCCGAAUCAGACACAUCACUUCGGGAAGAUAUCUUGGCGUGAUGGACAACCUCGUGCAACUUCAUCACAAAGAAAAAGCAGACUUUGAUCUAACUGCUUUUGCAAUGUUUCCAAAUAAAGAAACGAAAAGAACUCAACAGGAAGAAAAGGAAAUUGAAGGAAUGGGUCCACCAUUGAUUCGAUACAGUGAAACGGAUGUUUUUAUUCGACAUCUUCGAACAAAUCAUUGGCUAUCUUAUCAAACGAGUGAAGUGACAAAGAAAGGAUUGGGAAAGGUAGAAGAAAAGAAAGCCGUGGCUCAAGCUGAAGGACAUAUGGAUGACUGUUACUUAAUGCUAACAGCGCUGGAAGAAGAAAGCAAAUCAGCAAGAGUUAUCAGAAAAUGCUCAUCAGUGCUGAACAAAUUCUUGAAAGGCAUUGAAGCUCUUCAAAAUCAAGGAAAUCAAUCACCGGAUUGGAUGAGAGUUGAUCUGUCGGAAGUGAAUCGAUUGAUGGAUGAUUUGAUUAAAUAUUUUGAACAACCAAACGAAGAUUUUGAAUUCGAGGAGAAACAACUCCAUUUUCGCGCGCUUCGCUCUCGUCAAGAUUUAUUCCAAGAAGAAGGGGUUCUCAAUAUGAUUCUUGAUACAAUUGACAAAUUCUCGCAAAUGGAAGCAUUGCCCGAUUUUGCUGGGUUGAUUGGAGAGGAUACUCAUGAAAAAUGGGAAGAGAUCUCAACAGCUCUUUACCUUCUCGUCGCGGCAAUGAUCAAAGGAAAUCACUACAAUUGUGCGCAAUUUGCCGCUGCUCAAAGAUUGGAUUGGCUUUUUGGGCGUUUAAGCAAUCCACAAUCGUCUGAAGGUAUCUUGGACGUGUUGUACUGUGUAUUGACCGAAUCUCCUGAAGCUCUCAAUAUGAUCAAUGAGAACCACAUCAGCUCGGUGAUUUCACUUUUGGAGAAAGUCGGACGAGAUCCAAAGACCUUGGAUGUGCUUUCGUCACUUUGUGAAGGAAAUGGAAUGGCCGUUCGGUCAUCACAAAAUCUCAUCGCUCAAUUUUUGCUGCCCGGCAAAGAUUUGCUCUUUCAAACGGCAAUGAGGGAUCACGUGAGCAAUAUGAUGCCGAAUGUUCUUGUUGGCGUUGUGGACGGCUCGAGUUUAUUCAAAAAAUGGUACUUCGAGUGCGAGAUCGAACACAUCGAACAGAUGACCAAAGAAGUGCCGUAUCUGAGAAUUGGAUGGGCCAAUUCGACAGGUUUCAAACCGUUUCCCGGCACUGGCGACAAAUGGGGAUGCAAUGGAGUUGGAGACGACUUCUAUUCAUUCAGUUUUGAUGGAAAAUCGAUCUUCUUUGCGGGGAAAGCUAGAAAGGUUGGUACAAGACGUUUGAGAAAAGGAGACAUUGUCGGCUGUACCCUUGAUUUGACAGUACCUGAGAUUCGAUUCACUCUCAAUGGAAGAGACACGAGCGGAUAUUUCAGAAAUUUCAACACAGAUGGGUACUUCUUCCCGGUGAUGUCAUUGAGUGCAAAAGUCAGUUGUCGUUUCAUCUUUGGUGGUGAUCAAGGGCGACUUCGUUAUGGUCCUCCGCCCAGCUUCUCGGCCAUCGUUGAGGCUGUUUCUGGAGAUCUGAAAAUCGAGGAGUGUCUCUCUUUUGGAGAUUUGCCUAAAAAUGUCUACUGUGGUGCAUCAACAAUGCUCAACUUUGAUCCGUUUGUGCCGAAACCGGUCGAGAUCUCGACGAUCAAUUUACCCCAUUUCGCUACCGAGGUUCAUCAACAAUUUGCCGAGAAUCUUCACGAAUUGUGGGCGAUGAGAAAGAUUGAAUUGGGAUGGGAAUGGGGAGAAACGAGAAGCGAAGCGACACGAAAGCACCCAUGCCUCUGCCCAUUCGAUCGCUUGCCGCAAAGUGAAAAAUUGUACAAUAUCAAUUUGGCAAUGGACACAUUGAAAACGAUUGAAUCGCUUGGAUACCAUUUGAUCAAAGAUGAUCCACCGUGUAGAUUGAGACCUGUUCGGCUACCACAAAACUAUCAACAGGGGAAUGGUUUCAAGCCUCAACCAUUGGACACUCAUGAGAUUCAGCUACCGAAAGAAUUGGAUCCGCUCAUUGAGUGUCUGGCUCGGAAUACACAUAAUGUUUGGGCAAGAGAAAAGAUCAAAAGAGGAUGGACAUUUGGAAUGAAUGAGUUCGUGGACGCAACCCAGAAACGCUCACCUCAUCUCGUCCCAUAUGAGAAUGUCGAUAAUCGGAUCAAAGAAGCUAAUAAAGAAUCGGCCGCAGAAAAUAUCAGAGCUUUGCAACUUUUGGGAAUCUUCUUGGAGCCGCCAGCGCUGGAACAUGAUGAAAUCGCCGAAAAAGCAGAGCGGGCCCGUUUGGAUCGAACGAGAACCUAUCGAGCCGAGAGUACAUACAGUGUGAAAUCAGGGAAAUGGUACUAUGAGUUCGAGGUUUUAACCGACGGAUUCAUGAAAAUCGGUUGGAUGGAUAUGGGGGCAAGUCCGGAUAAACCACUUGGACUGGAUGAUAAGAGUUACGCGUUUGAUGGAUAUUUGGGUCGAAAAUGGCAUCAAGGAGCCGAGGCGUAUGGACGGGAAUGGAAGGUGAAAGAUGUUGUUGGAUGUUUCCUUGAUCUAAACGAUAGAACAAUCUCUUUUUCGUUGAAUGGAGAAUUGUUAUUGGAUCCAAGCGGUUCCGAGAUGGCUUUUGACAAUGUUUCCUAUGGCGAAAUCGGGCUUGUCCCAGCGAUCACUCUUGGAUCUGGACAAAUGGGAAAAUUGAAUUUUGGACAAGACAGCAACUCGUUGAAAUAUUUCACAACUUGCGGAUUGCAAGAGGGUUACGAGCCUUUCUGUGUGAAUAUGUACAAAUCAAUGCCAAUGUGGUUUGGAAAACAACUGGCUCGGUUCAAUCCAUUGGAGAAAGAUUACCAUCUAGAAGUUCAUCGAAUCCCAGCCACCGGAAACAGUCCACCAUGUCUGAAAAUUGAGCAAAAAGUAACAACCAGUGAAGGGACAACAUCGGAAAAAGCAGUGAUGGAAUAUUUCCGAUUGUCUCUUCCAGUGAAGUGCUCGGAGACUUUUGUUCGAAAUAAAGAUAAAGAAGCCCUUCAUCGUCAAUUGAGGGAAUAUAAAGUGACUUCGAGAUCACUUUCCGUUGUAUCUGGUUUCAAAUCACCCGGGAUUCCGAAAGAAUUUGAUGAUCAGCCGUCAAAAGAAAAGAGAUCUCUGUCUCGUGUUCUUGGCGGAGUGUUCAAACAAGGAUCAAUGGAAACAGAAGAAACAGCAAGUCAUCGAACGAGGCCACAAUCAUUUGAAGAUGAUCAUCAACAUGAAGCUGCAGCUAUCAGGCAAUCAAUGAUGGAGUACUCACCCGAAGAAAGACUUGCCGCUGAGGAACAUCUAAAGGAACUCGACCGAGAUCGUCCAAAAGAGAAAAAAGGCGGGCUUUUCUCGAGACUUCGCGACUCGAGCCAGACAAGGAAAAAAGCAAAAGAAGAAAGCCGACAAACGUCAUUCAAAAAUGAAAAGACGAAUUCUCGAUCAUUUGAUACGGGAUCAAUUGAUAAUCUCCCGCAAUCAAUGGCACAGGGAAAAGAUGUACUAGCGCUCGGCGGUCAACUCCAAUCAAACAUCAAUCCGGACAUGUUAGUAUCCGGUCCUGGAAGGCAACCGACAAUCAAAAAGGAAAAGAGAAAGAAAGACAAAAAGGAGAAAAAGAAUUCAUUGAUCAGCGUGGUUGAACAAGUGAAAAAUAGACUUGAAAGUCUUGAGAAACACGAAAAAUGUGUAGAGAAUAAGGAUGAAAAACAUGUCUCUCAAACGAUUGUCGAAAAGUUACCCGAAGGAGCCCUUGGGGAUGAUGAUUCACCGGCUAUGCAAGCUUAUGCGGAUAAGAUCGACGACUACUAUUACGGUAUUCGAAUCUUUCCCGGACAAGAUCCGGCAAACGUCUGGGUUGGAUGGGUGACAUCACAAUACCAUUAUUAUGCGGAGAAUUUUGAUGGAGCAACUGGUGUUCGGAAAUGUCGAUAUAAUGAAGCUGAUCAUCAUGGAACGACGAUUGAGAGUACCGAAUUCCGUAAUUGUUACAUGUUGAAUGUCUCGGAUCUAUUGCAAACCGUCUCCGAUGCAGGGAACACAAAAGUCUCCGGAACUCUUGUUGGGUGUAUUGUCGACACAUCGGUUGGAGAAUUGACUUUUCAAAUUGGAGGACAAGAUACGGGACAUCGAUUCAAGCUUGAGCCGGGCGCAGUUCUUUUCCCAGCCGCUUUCGUCGUUCCCACCGCUGCAGAAGUGCUUCAAUUCGAGCUAGGACGAACCAAAUUCGCUUUCCCACUCUCGGCGGCUCUUUUCAAAUCUUCACAGAAAUCUGUGAUCCCAUCGUGUCCACCAAGAUUGGAUGUAGAGCGCCUUUCGCCCGUUCAUUGGAGUCGCGUUCCGAAUGAAACACUCAGAACGACAGCUCUCAAAUUGAGCGAUGUUAGAGGCUGGUCUGUCCUUUGCAAUGAUCCCGUUCGAAUUCAAGUAUUCUAUGUGCCCGAGAAAGAUCUCUCCUAUGAUAUUUUGGAGAUGAUUGAAAUGGAGGAACCACUCAAAUUUCAUAAACAAACCCUGGGUCUUUAUUGCAAACUUGCCUCACAUGGAAAUCAAAAAGUGGCACACAUUUUAUGCACACAUGUCGAUGAAGAUCAAAUAAUGUAUGCAAUAAAGAGUCAUUACUUGGCUGGUUCGAUGAGACAAGGAUUUCACGAUCUUUUGAUCGCUCUUCAUCUUCAAUCGCAUUCAUCAGCACGUGAGAGUAUGGCUAAGGAAUAUGUGAUUCCGCUCUUGAAAGAUCUUGAGACGAAAAAUGUUUUCGAUCCAGACACGGAGGCUCGCUUUCCGCAAAUCAUGGGAACACCCGUGAGCAUGCUGCCAAUUAUGGUAUCCGAAUCGGUCAAGACAAGUGUUGCAAGAGAAGAGGAAAUGAGGCUUUUAACCCCGCAAAUCAAUUUGGAUGCAUUGAAAAAUCAUGUGAUCACAGCGUUGAGAAGUGCCACUGAACAUGCCGUACUCAAUUGUCGUGAUCUGAUUGGAGACGAAAUUGGUGCAAGCAACCUCAAUCAUUUCGAGCCACUCUUGAAACUUUUCGAUGCAAUGUUAGUGAUUGGGCUUUUCGGAGAUGAAGAUAUGGAGAUGUUGCUGAAAUUGAUCCAUCCCGGGUAUUUCGAUGAAGCCUGGGAACCGGGAACAACACAAAAAGGUUUAACCGAGAUCGAGCUGGCUGAGAACGUGAAACUCCAACUUGUCAAUAUUCUUGAUCAUUUGUGCGAUAUUCAGCUAAGACAUCGUAUCGAAAGUCUCAUCGGUUUUUCGUCGGGAUACGUCGGUGAUUUGCAACAAGACCAGUGCAAUCGUUAUGUGGAAAUCAAACAAACUGACAUGCCACCAGCUGAAGCCGCACGAAAAACGAAAGAGUUCCGCUGUCCGCCAAAAGAACAAAUGUUCCGACUGCUCAAAUGCAAGGUACGAGAAGAAAAAGAAGCUCUGUUGGAUGAUGAAGUCGAGUAUGAUCAAUGUCCAAUGUCUGAGACCUUGCAAGAGCAACUCCGCGAGUUUUGUGAGCUACUCGUUUCGAAAAUUGGGAAUACGGCUGAGGAGACACCCGGCGAUGGAUUGGCAUUGAUUGAAGCCGAAGAAAGCUCUUGGGUGGAUUCACUGGCUCGUCUUGUUGUCACCGUUCCCCCGCCCGUUGCUGAUUCGACUCAAGAAAGAUUAUUUCGAUCCGGCACUGAUAACUUCAAGCAUAUGAUAAUCACCAUGUUAAAGUCUUGGGCUAUCGAUUCUUUCAUUGAAUCGCCGGAGCUCAUUCGUAGGAUGUUCCACUUGCUUCUACGAAUGUAUUCUGGAGUUCGGGAGCUUCGUGAUGCAAUGGCUCAAGCCUAUGUUUUUCAUGAAAGAAAUGCUCAAGAUGUUCAAGAUUUCAUCGUUUAUUUGAUUCAGAUCCGUGAACUUUUAACUGUACAAUUUGAGCAAACGGAAGAAGUGAUCCUGAAAAGGGGAUUGUGGAAAUUGAUGAACAACAAGAUUUUCUUCCAACAUCCCGAUUUGAUGCGAUUGCUGUCCGUGCAUGAGAAUGUGAUGACAAUUAUGAUGAAUAUCCUCACUGCACAACAAGGAGCUGUCACCGAUCAUGAGGAAGAGGGGAAAGAUAAAGAACUUGUGAAAGAUGCCUCUGACAUGGUUGUUGCUUGUUCUCGCUUCUUAUGCUAUUUCUGUCGAACGUCGCGCCAAAAUCAAAAAGCAAUGUUUGAGCAUUUAUCUUUUCUUCUUGACAAUGCCACUAUGCUUCUUGCCAGACCAAGCCUCAGAGGAUCCGUUCCACUUGAUCUCGCUUAUGCCACUUUCAUGGACAACAAUGAGCUGGCUUUGGCUUUAAAAGAAGAAGAACUUGACAAAAUUGCUGUUUAUUUGAGCAGAUGUGGUCUUCAACCGAAUUCGGAGCUUUUGGCUAGGGGUUAUCCUGACAUUGGAUGGGAUCCAGUUGAGGGUGAAAGAUACAUCGAUUUCUUCCGUUUUUGCGUAUGGAUCAAUGGAGAAAAUGUGGAAGAAAACGCAAAUUUGGUGAUCCGAUUGCUGAUUCGGAGGCCCGAAUGUUUGGGAGUGGCUCUGAAAGGAGAAGGACAAGGUCUUUUCUCGGCUUUCAAAGAGGCGAUCGCUCUCUCGGAAGACAUCCGAGUACUGGCUGAAGGUGAUGGUGGAAGAGCUUUGAGGAGUGGUUUACUUGGAGAAAACCCGAGUUAUCCAACAUCGGAAGCGGAAGGAGAAGAUUAUAUUGAUCUUGGAUCGGCAACACUUGAUUUCUACUCAUCUCUUGUCGAUCUCUUGGCUAAAUGUGCACCCGAUCCGUCGGCGAUCCAGGCAGGCAAAGGCGAUUCAGUGCGAGCUCGAGCCAUUCUUCGUUCACUGAUCUCAUCCGAAGAUUUGGGUCAAAUUCUCUCAUUGAGAUUUUCCAUUCCCAAUCUGGCUAUCCCAUCUGAAGCUCCUCGUCCAUCUCAACCAUUUCUCUGCGGUAUCACUCAAAAUUUGAGCUCAAGUCUCGCGGCUGUUGCAGCGAAUCUUUAUCUCUCGAAAAUGUACACAAAGCUGGACAGUGUUCCGGAAAAUCCCAGAGAAAUCACAUUGGAAAAGAGAGAUUUCGAUGAAGAAAGUUAUUAUUCGUCAGCUGCAGAAAGUCUUCAGUCAGAAGAUGAUGAAGAAUUCGUACCAAUGAAAAAAAUUGACAAUAACUGUCUGAAAGUUGUGGAGAAAUCACAAAUAAGCGAAAUGAGCGUGCCGAGAAGAAAGAAAUCGUCGAUGUUUGCGAAAGAUUACGGCGAUUCCGGUCCUCAACCCGGUCUUCUCCCGAGUCACAAGGGAAGUGUUCUCCUAUUUUUGGAUCGAGUCUAUGGAAUUGAUUCGGCUGAGGUCCUCUUCCAACUUCUCGAACAAUCAUUCUUACCUGAUCUUCGUUCUGCUACAAUGAUGGACUCACCCCGUGCUCUCGAAUCGGACACAGCAUUAGCGCUGAAUCGUUAUCUGUGCAACUCUGUUCUCCCACUUCUCACGAAUCACUCUCAAUUCUUCGGCGAAGCUGAACAUUAUGGAGCGCUGCUUGAUGCGACGUUGCAUACGGUUUAUCGAAUGAAUCGUCUUAAAUCGUUAACCAAAAAUCAGCGAGAAGCCGUCUCUGAUUUCCUCGUCGCCAUCACAAAAGAGCUACCACCUGUGAUGAUGAUCAAAUUGCUGAGAAAAGUGACAAUCGAUAUCAGGCAAAUGCAUGAAUAUGUAUUGGUACCGUUGAGGCUGAUGACUCUUCAUUAUGAGCGAUGUGGAAAGUACUAUGGAAAUGGAAAUCAUUACGGAGUGGCAACGGAAACAGAGAAACGAUUGUCAAUGUUGCUAUUCGAUUCAAUCUUCGAUUCUCUUUCAACAAAACCGUAUGAUCCAGAGUUGUUUGGAAAAGCUUUGCCCUGUCUCACUGCUAUUGGCUCUGCUAUUUCACCCGAUUAUGCUUUGACUCAAUCUAUUGAAGAUCAAAAAUCGCUUGCCGCUGAGGAUGAAGGCGUUUGGGUUCCUCGUCCAACCGAUAUCAGUCGUCAUGAUCUGAAUAAUGAAUUGAACACAAUGGUCACCAAGUUUGCCGAGCAUUUCCAUGACAGUUGGGCGAGUAGAAAAGUUGAAAAGGGUUGGACAUAUGAUGAACUGUACAGUCGACCACAACAAAAUCACCCUCGUCUCAAACCAUUUGCACAAUUGAAAGAUUUCGAAAAAGCUUACUACAAGGAUCGUUGUGCUGAAUUGAUGCGUUCGCUUUUGGUUUGGGGCUAUGGAAUUGAAAUGGCUGACAAAGACGCGGCGGAUCGAGCUGCACAUACACAUACACCAUCAGGCACAAGUGUCAAUGAUUUUGCUCCAAAACCGGUCGAUUUGAGCAGUAUGACUUUGGAAAAAGACAUGACAACGGUAGCUGAGAAAAUGGCCGAACAAUCGCACUUGAUCUGGUCCAGAAAGGUUGCCAAUGAUUUGAACUCUCGAGGGGGAAACAUGCCGACUGGACUCGUCCCAUGGGAUCUUUUAACUGACAGUGAAAGAAGAAAAGAUCGUUUCCGAGCUGCUGAAAUCUUGAAAUUUUGGCAAUAUCAUGGAUAUCGAAUCUUUAAGAUCGAGAAAAAAGGAGAACAUCAAGAUAGGAUGAAAAUGGAGGGAGAACGUUCCUCUAUCGAUAAACGUUUCGCGUUCAAUCUUUUGGAGAAACUUUUGCAAUAUCUUGAACAAGCCUCGGUGAAGAUGAAAUCAGUGAAACCGAGUCAAGAAUUGACAAGGAGAAACUCGUUCAGAAAAGAUGCACAAGAUGUGAGAUUCUUCGAAAAGGUUGUUCUGCCAAUGAUGCACGCUUAUUUCAAUGCACAUAAGGGAUAUUUCUUGGAGGGAAGCUCUAUUGUACAAACGGGAACUGCCUCGAUUAGGGAAAAAGAAAUGGUCGCCAACUUGUUCUGUCGUUUGGCCGCUUUAUUGAGAAUCAAGAAUCGGGCCUUUGGAUCGGUCGCAAAGAUCACGGUUCGAUGUUUGCAAGGAUUGACACAAGCGCUCGAUUUGAGAACACUUGUCAAGGUGAACUCAGACAUUGUGCGUACAUCUCUUCUCACUUUCUUCAAUAACAGUGCCGAUGAUCUUUGUGCAGCUGUUAAAGAACUCAAAAACAACGGUCAAUAUUCUCUUCUCCGAGGUGACAAUCUUAAAUCGUGGAUCUCCAUUGAAUUCGCUCAUCAAAUGAUUGUUCCCGUCUUGACAACUAUGUUCAAUCACAUCUCGAAAAAUCAUUUUGGAACUGAUCUUUUGCUUGAUGAUAUUCAAGCUGCGAGUUAUAAGAUUCUCGACAGUCUGUACAUGGUCACAGGUCUCACCUCAACAGUAGCUCAACGAAAGAGUAUCGGAUACGAGACAGACAAACACAGACCAGGAUUGGGUCAAUGUCUUUCCGCCUUCGCUUCCUGUUUUCCUGUAGCUUUCCUCGAGGGAGAAUUCAACAAAAACAACAAAUAUUCGGUGUUGGCCAAAUCACAAGAUCAAUCGGUGCAAGUACAAGAAAUGCUUCAAAAUCUCUCGGCCCACAUUCCGCAACUUGAGCGAUUGUUGAAUGAUGUUGAACAGGCAUCGCUGAAUGGAGUGAUGUACUCGGAAAACCCAAACGUUUUCGAUGUGGAUCUUCCAUUGUUGUGCUCAUAUUUGGCCUAUUGGUGGAAUAUGGGAGUUGAUGGGAUGAGAACGAAAAGUGCUGAUGAAAAGGAAAAGCUCCUCUCAAGCGGUCUCCCAAUCACAAAAGUCUCAUCCGAUCACAUCAAUCGAGUCUUUACGACAUUGCUCAGAAUGAUGAAGAUGCAUGUCGGAGUCGAGAACGCACCAUGGUUAUUGAGAGUGAAUUUCUUCGCCGUUCAAAUCAUCCACAUGGUCACCUGUGAUCCGGUCAAAGAAUUUAUGUUGCCGAUUGCGGAAAGAUUGAGAAGAAUUGCCGAGAAAGCGUAUAAAGAUGAAGAACACACAAGGACACAUCCAGAUGACGCUGAUGAGGGAACGGUGGCUGAGGACAAUGCUCGGCUCGUUCGUGAUACUUACGCUUUCUUCCCAUUGUUGAUGAAAUACACCGAUUUGCACAGAGCUCAUUGGCUAAAGCAUCCAUCAUGGGAAACGGACGGGGUCUAUGAGAAUGUCGCGGUGAUCUUCCGCAUUUGGAGUCAAAGUCAACAUUUUAAGAGAGAAGAGCUCAAUUACAUGUCACAAUUCGAAGAAGAUCAAGCAGUCGGUGGUGGUGAGAUGAAAACGGGAAAAGCCGCCAUUGCAGAAAGAAAGAAAAAGAGACGAGAGGGACAGGUAAAAGUGGACAAACAUGCGAACAGUCUUGUAAUCGCUUGUCUCAAACGUCUUCUGCCCGUUGGAUUGAAUGUGUUUGGUGGAAGAGAACUCGACAUCGUGCAGCAAUCCAAAGAGAAAUUCAUCCAAAAAGAGCAAGAAGACAAAAUUCGGGAGUUCAUCAAGGGACUUCUCGAUAUUCCUGUCAAAACUGAUCCAACGGACAAAAAUGCUUGGCAAUUAUCUUUGUAUCGAAAAAUCGGAAAAAGUCAAAUGAGAGGAAAAGAUGAUAUGACACAAGAAGGAGUUGUUGAUAAAAUCUUCAAUAUGGGACAAGUAUCCGCCAUCCUACAUACGACGGAGCAUCCACAAAUGUUGGCAGCCCAUGCUUGGAAGAAGAUGGUUUCAACACAAAGAAAAAGAGCCGUUGUCGCUUGUUUUCGAAUGGUGACUGGUCGAAUUGAACGAGAGGACAAAUGGAAGAAAGUGUUGACAUUGCAAAGGAAAAGAAUGGCUAUUUCACUCAUCACAGCAUCACAUCUAUAUCGGGUUGAUCGUCAUCGUGGAAUCAACUUUUUCAUGCCCGCUUUCUCCGAUUUGUGGUUGGAAGAAGAGGACACCGGACAGGAUAAACUCAUUAAAGAUAUUUGUGAAGAUAUCGAGGUUGAAGAAGCUCCUCGACUUGAGCUCACCGAUGAGGGAGUCAUGAUCAUGGAAGAUGGAAAAGAAGAUACUAAACCGGAUCCAUUGAAACAGUUGAUUCGAUGCUUCCAAAGAGCGGCAACAAGUGAAGAAAGUCAAGCAAAAUCGAUUGCUGAAGACGCAUUGUAUGUGAGAUUUGCCGAUGUGAUGGCAAAGAGUGUUCACAUUGAAGAUGACGAUGAUGAAGAAGGAGACGAAGGGGAACAAGAUCAAGCGCAAAAAGAAGAAGCAGCUCAAGCGCUUCGAGCUGAACAAGCUGUAUUGGCUGAUCGAGGAGCGGCAAUCAUGAGUUUGAUGUAUCUUUCUGCAUCAAGUGGUGAACCAAAUGAUAUGGUUGCACACACACUUCAACUCGGAAUUCAUCUCCUUUCCGGAGGAAAUGUCGACAUUCAAAAGAUUUUGAUCGAAUACCUUCAAGCAAAGAAAGACGUUCGCUUUUUCACAUCGAUUUCCGGCUUGAUGAGCAAAUGUUCGGUGUUGAAUUUGGAGAUGUUUGAGAGACAAAUCAAGGCCGAGGGUCUUGGAAUGGGCGCCGAGUUGGCCGCUGGGGACAAUCAAAAUCUAAACGAUGCCGAUUUCACAUGUUCUCUUUUUCGAUUCCUCCAGCUCACCUGUGAGGGACACAAUUUAGAGUUCCAAAACUAUCUCCGAACUCAACCCGGUCACACCACAUCGGUCAAUCUCAUCAAUAGCACUGUCGAUUAUUUGUUGAGACUUCAAGAAAGUGUCAUGGAUUUCUAUUGGCAUUAUUCAAGCAAAGAAGUGAUUGAUGUGGGUGGAAAGGAAUAUUUCUUGAGAGCCAUUCAAGUUUGCAGUCAAGUCUUCAACACGCUCACUGAGAGUAUUCAGGGCCCUUGUGUCGGCAAUCAAAUGACUCUUGCGAAUUCCCGUCUCUGGGAUGCAAUCAAUGGAUUCUUCUUCCUUUUCGCUCACAUGAUGGAGAAAUUAUACAGGAAUUCCACUCAAUUAGAGCUAUUGCGAGAGUUCCUGAAUCUUCAGAAAGACAUGAUUGUUCUCAUGCUCUCUAUGCUUGAAGGAAACGUUUUGAACGGUCCAAUCGGUAAACAAAUGGUCGACGCGUUGGUUGAAUCACAGCCAAGUGUCGAGAAAAUUCUCAAAUUCUCGGAUAUGUUCUUGAAGUUGAAAGAUUUGACGACAAGUCAAGCGUUCCAAGAUUUCGACACAAAUCGAGAUGGAUGGAUUUCGCCAAAAGAAUUCCAGAGAGCAAUGGAAUCCCAAAAGAUGUACAGUGUUGAAGAGAUUACAUAUCUAAUGAUGUGCACUGAUGUGAACAAUGAUGGAAAAGUUGAUUAUAUGGAAUUCACCGAGCGUUUUCACAAUCCGGCUAGAGAUAUUGGUUUCAAUUUGGCUAUUCUUCUCACAAAUCUCAAAGAACACAUUACAAAUGAUCCACGAUUGGAGAAAAUUAUCGAAAAAGCUCAAACACUUUUGGAAUACUUUGAUCCAUUCUUGGGAAGAAUUGAGAUUAUGGGAUCGUCGAAGAGAGUCGAGAAAAUAUACUUUGAGAUUCAAGAGAGUUGGAUUGAGCAAUGGGGAAAGCAACAGAUUCGAGAUUCGAAGAAUCAAUUCCUUUUCAACGUUCUCCAAGAUGAUGGUGGAGAUCAAGGGAAAUUGGAAGCAUUCAUCAAUUUCUGUGAAGAUACAAUCUUUGAGAUGCAACACGCAGCUGAGAUCUCAAGCGGUGAUGGAGAUGCAAAAAUGGAGAGAGCGAUCAAACAGAGAGACUAUUUCUUGCAACAAACUUCUGCUGGAGAACAAAUCUCGGAGACAUUCAAGCAAGGCUACAAGGCCGGAUUGUCGGCGGUGAAUGCACUCAAAGGAGACAAUUUAUCGAAAACGAUGCAGAGUCUUUCGGCGAAGAUUAAACAAAUGACUUGGAUGCAAUUGAUCGUCGCUUUAUUCAUGAGCGUUCUCCGCUUCGGAAAGGGACUCUUGUGGAUGGGAUGGCUGAUGAUCUUGACUCUUUUCCGUUUUGCUUACUAUUUGACAACUGGAUCGGAGAAAGAAGAGCAACAUCCAGCUAAUGCAUUACCCUCUGCUGAACAAGCCCCUCCGCAUUUCACGGCUCAAGUGUAUCCCGAGUUCCAUUCACACGCCCAUGCCUCAGUGGAUAUGUUUGGAUUGAAUGCGGAGAAUGUGAUUCAUCAAGAUCGAGUGCCGCCACCAGAAAUCGUCACCGAACCACCGAGUGAAGAUCAUGAAGGAAUGAGUCAGCCAGAAUCACCCAUUGAUCCUCAUCCGCAAACAAUGCAACCACCAAAAGCACCAAGCAAAGCGCCAAGUGUCUAUGAGUCGAUCGGUACACCUGGAGCUGCUCAACAACAAAUGGAAGCAGCAUACGGAUCACAAGCUGGUGAUGGACUGUAUGAACCAAAGAUUGCUGAGAUCAAUCAAGGAAGAAGUCGAGGAUCGCUUCUUAACAUGUUGGCGAGAAAUUUCAAGAUGAUCGAGAAGACAACCUUGGGUUUGGCCUUCUUCAUCAAUGUGAUUUUACUCUUUCAUCGAGUCGAUAUCAUGCAAUCGGAUACCGGUACAACGGAUGGAUCGGAUGAGGACGAUGAUAGCACUGAGACGAUUUUCAUCACUGGUUUCUCUCUUCCUUAUUUAGAAUACGGGAUUGAAGGCUAUCUCCUGUCUCUUCUCCUUUAUUGGAUCAGUGUGCUCCAUUUGACCGCCUCGUUUGCCCUUCUGGUUUCAUUCUAUCAAUUGAAGAUUCCGCUUAUCACUUUUAAACGAGAAAAAGAAGUGGCUAGGAAAUUGAUGUUUGAUGGAUGUUGGAUAACAGAAGAAGAUAAUGAAGAUAUGGGGGUAAUUUCUCUAUUGACUUGGUAUCUCGAUCGAAUUGUCAUCUCUGCAAAAUCGUUUCCAAUGAAAUAUUGGGAUAAAUUUGUGCGAAGAAAAACAAGACAAAAGUUUCAAGAUCAGGUUGAUGAAGAAACAUUGAACAAGAUUCUUGGAGAAGAGAAAUCUGCAUCGGAUACUUCGUUUGAUUACAGAUACACCUGUUGGCUGUGGAUCGGAGUAAUUCUCACAAAUGGACAGUUCCUCUAUCGUGUCGGAUAUUUGCUUUGUUCGGCAUUCGGCGUCUUCUCAUCUCCAUUUUUCUAUGCUUUCCAUUUGAUCGAUGUCGUCCUCUCAUUCCCUAUGUUAAAAGCGAUUCUCCAAUCCGUCACACACAAUUUGCAACAGUUGAUUCUCACCAUCAUGAUGACCCUUGUGGUCGUGUAUCUCUACACAGUGAUUGCAUUCAAUUUCUUCCGUAAAUUCUACGUGCAAGAGGGUGAAGAAGGAGAGGAACCGGACAGGAAAUGUCACAAUAUGCUUACUUGCUUCAUCUAUCAUUUCUACGCUGGUGUCCGAGCUGGUGGUGGUAUUGGAGAUGAAUUAGAAUCACCGUAUGGAGAUGAUCUUGAAUAUCCAAGAAUGUUCUACGAUAUCUCAUUCUUCUUCUUCGUCAUUGUCAUCCUUUUGGCUAUCAUGCAGGGUUUGAUCAUUGACGCUUUUGGAGAGCUUCGUGAUCAGCAAGAAUCGGCCACGGAAAAACUUGAAUCCUCUUGUUUCAUUUGCGAUAUUGCAAAAGAAACAUUUGAUCGGAUGCCGAGAGGGUUCGAGAUUCACACCACAAAGGAGCACAACUUUGCUAAUUAUUUAUUCUUCUUGCAACAUCUCGUGAACAAAGACGAAACAGAAUACACUGGUCAAGAGACUUAUGUAAGAGAGAAAUACGAUAAUCGUGAUUGGGAAUUCUUCCCUGUUGGUGAAUGUUUCGUGAAACAAUAUGAAGAUCAAUUACUCCAAUCA